UAAGAUAAUUUAUGUACUUAUACUUUAAAACUUAAAAAGGACUAUAUUUCGCGCUUAAACUAGAAAACAAGUUGAAUUUUCUCAUUCGAUUUAGGGUUCAUUUUCAUGGCGGAAGCAAAUAAUUUCACUCUAUCUUCUUCAUUCCUCAAACAAGUUUACUUGUAUGAUUGGUGGUUGAUUAAAGUUGAAACUGGUGAUGGAAGCAAGCGAUUGGGUGUUGGAGGUUUCACUGCAAAAGAGAGACCAGAUGGAAGAGUUUUCCACUCCACAACAAUUGCGAAGAGGCAUGAUACUACCACUUUAGUGACGGAGGAUGGUAUCACCAUUCUUCUUAGCGGUUUCAUUAACAGGUGCCGAACUCUUCAAAAUGGCUUCUCAUCAGAGGUUUGCAAGCAGUUCCUUCUUGGAUUUCCAUACAACUGGGAAGAGUCUGCUGCUGUGUCAUUUGGAGAAUCAACCAAUGAAAAUGCAGCCUCUAGAAUUUCUGAUUUCUCAGAGUCAGCAAAUGCAUCAGCUGAUUGCACAAGUAGUUCCUUUACACUGUCCGUUGAUCAUCUUUCCCCCAAUGUUUUACGAGAUCUCUUAAUAUCGGCUGCUGGUGACCCAGAAGGCGGCAUGCUAAGAAAGAGUAUUUUUAAUGAAAUAGUGCAGAAAUAUGGUAACAAUGCUUUUAAUGUCGAUGAAGCUUCUUCUUUGAACCAAAAAAGUGGUAAUCAGGUCACCCCUCAAAGUCCUUCACUGAAUGGAAGUCCUAGUCAAAAGAAGAAAGCUAAAACAAACCGGAAACAAGAGGAUAGCUGUAUAGCAGAUGCAAAAUCUGGUAAAGAAAAAUUGCCAGAAGCUACUCCAAAAGAUAUGCCAGAAAAGAGAGUUUUGGAUAGACUUCUGCAUAGAAGUGGUGACGAUGUUCCUAUCGUUGGUGAAAAUUCUUGUUUAAACCAAAAAAGUGGAAAUCAAGUCUCAAGCAGGGGUCCUUCACUGGAUGAAACUCCUUAUAAAAAGAAGAAAACUAGAGCUAAUUUGAGGAAAGAAGAUGAUAAGCAUGUGCCCAAUGCACAAUGUAGAAAAGAAGUGCUUCCGAAAUGUAAUGAUGAGAGUGGAACAGAUAUUGAUAAGAAUAGCUCAAGUAGUAGCGCUUUAACAAGAGAUAAAGCUAGCUUAUAUAAGAAAACCAAAAUUUACCUUACACAAGAAGAAAAGAGAGAUGUGCACAAAGUAUCUGGACAAGGAGAUUUUGGGAUAGUAAACAUCACUAACUCGAGUAAUGGUCCAUUGACAAGAAGCAGAGCUAAAAUGAAACGGGUAAAAGAACAAGGUCAAGAAGGACAUAGAUAUCUGUGAAGGUGUUAUGGGAGUUCUGUUGUGCAGAUUAGCUACCCGUGGAUAUUAAUCUGGAAAUUCCUCAAAUCAUAACUUUUAUGGAUUUGUCACUUUGUUAUUGUAGUUCACAGGGGAGGUAAAUUUCGAAGGUUAUGUUUUUCUUGUUUUUGUUAUGGAUUACAUCACAUCUCCUGAAUUUAGCGUUUAAUUAAGUGGAUAGGGAUUUUCUGACAACAAAAAAGCUUUUCUCCCCAACCGAGGUGAGUAUCAAAUGGUUCAUGCCUGGGAGUAAACAUGAUCUUUAUCGAUGUUGAGGCAAGUAUGGACAAGACAAAGAAUAGCUGGUGGAAUACUGUGCCUUGUUCCUGGUGUGUGGUUUGGUGAGAAAGGAACUCCAUGUGUUCUGAAGAGAAGGAUUACAGACGAUUAAGUUAGAUUGUCUUUUGUUGUUUCAUUUUUGGUGUAAACUGAAAUCUGCUAAUGAGACAGAAACUCUAUUAGAGUU